GGUAAACAAAAUGGCGGCGGCGUGUUAGCUGCGGCGGCAGGAAGGCAAGGAGAGGGGCGAGGCGGCUUUGACGUAGUCAGGGGAGGGGAGCAGCCGGCCAGCCAGCCCCCCACAUAGCCGCCCCUUGGGGAGCGGCAGAGCCCCCCCCAUCCCACCCACCUAUUCCCCGUCAGGCUCGAGGGGGGAGGGGUCCCAAAAGGACUCUCACUCACCCCCCCUGCUACUUGAGCGCAGGGCUUGGGCCUAGUUAUUUUUUUUCCUGGGGUGGGUGGGGAAGGCUCCCCCUCAUAAGCAGCAGACUCCCCAUAUUCAUUUUAAGCCGUGUGUGUGUGAGAAGGAAGUUUGGGGGGGGGCUCUCUUUGCAGGGGGGAGGCGGAGGGGAGAGGAUCUGUGUGUUUGUGGACGGGAGGGUGGUGGAAUAAGCUAUUUUUAUAUAAUUUAUAUUUUUUAUUUAAAUAGAGAAAAGUGUGUGUGUAUGUGUAAAUAUAUAUAUAUUGACACACACUUGGUGUUGGGGUUUUGUGGGGUGGAGAUUGGUAGCCUGUCCUUUAGGGAAGGCAAAUCUACUGAUAGUUCUGUUAAUUGACUGCUCUGGCAAUUCAGGGCCCUUCUUCCCCUCCCUCCCCUUACGGAGGAAAGUUUCUUCCCCAAUUUUUAUUCGUGAAAGUCCAUUAGUUAAUCCCAGUUCCCAACCCUUUCUUUUUCUUUCUUUUUUUUGGGUGUGUGUGUGUGUGUGCCAAUUAGUGACAUUUAUUUUCUCCCACCCCAUUCGUAAAAGGGGGAGAUUGGGGAAGAAAUUGUAGGGAACUCUUGGGUGACAGCCAGUGACCCUUCUUGAGGAAAGAUCCUUCUCCCCACCCUAUUUUUUAAGUUGAAUCUCAUGAGGAAUUGAACCCCCUUUUUCAUUGGGGAGGAGUGAUCCUGAGUUGAAAGGAUACUUGCCUCUUUUUUUGUGGACGGGUUAGUGAUUCCUCCUGUUAGAAAUUGUGACGGGGAAUUAAGUCAAAGAGUAUUACGUUAAGCAGAGGUGUUUCCGUUAACCGACUUCCCUCUUCCCCCUCCCCUUUUUCCAAUUUAGAAAUUCUUCUGAGAAGGGAAGACCCUUACCUCUUCUUCCCUUGUGGUGGUGUUAUUUUUUCGCUUCUGUUGCCCCUUCUAUUAGGGUCAGAUUUUCUCUUCCUCACCCCACUUGCCUUUGCAGAGAGCUGUCACCCUUGUGUAGCCCUCAUUAAUUGCCACCAUUUGAGAGAAGUGUUAUAGCUGCCUCCCACCCCCAAUCCCAACUGGCACUUGUUUUCCUUUUAGCUCUUAAGUUCUCUCUGGCUGAGAAGGGACCAGGUACUUUCUGUCCCUUAACAUUUUUUCCCCUCUGAGGCAUCUCCCAUACUACAGAUUUCCCUUCCGCCCCUCCUGUAGAGGGAGGAAGCUCCACAUAAGGAUUCCCUAAUUUUGUGGGUGCCAAUCUUGUCAAGAGGAAGAUACUUGGGGAUUAUUGAAGCUUUUCAAAAGAAAGAAGAGCCCCAUUAGGGAUUUGGGAGGAAAGAGCCAACUUUCUCUCCCCCCCCAAGUAAAUAUUCUCCCCACCUGUUUGACAGGCAUCUUGGUCUCUUGUGGGAACGGUACAAUUACCUGUCAAGGGAAAAUCUCUCAAUUCCUUCUUUUUUCUUUUCCCCACUCAUGUGCCAAGGAUAACUUUCUCUUGACUCUCUGGGCUUGUGAACAUCACAUUGCAUUUCCUUAUUUAGAUCGGAAGGCCACAUAAACAGAACUGUGUGCGUGUCCAUUCAGAAAGGGACUUAAUUACUCAGCAAGAUCGGUCAGGAGUCUGGCACUAAUGGGAUCAAUCUGUUCUGAGUGAUGCCUUCAAAAGCCUGGAGUUGCUGCAGUAUAGCUUGAAGGUAGAGGGGGUUCCCCAAGAGCAGGAUGUUUAGAGGCUUCCCCUCUUUUUUCAAGACAGUUGCUUAAGCUAGAUGAAUUGUGUAAGCUUAAACUUGCCUCAGGAGAGCUUGCUCAAGCACCAUCCCAUUCUCUCUCUUUUUGUGGGUGCUUAGUUCUGGGAGACUUGAAUAGGGUUUGCGCUGCCUGCCUGCCUGCCUUAAUACCUGAAGCAGUGGGGUGACACAUCAUGUGUCAGGUAGACCCCAAGUGGUUGAAGGAUGCCCCUGGUAGUACCUACUAGACACGGAAGGCCUCGAACCUUUGUCAAGUGUGGAAGAGAAGCAGUUGAAAUCAGUAUUGAAAAUUCCUUUAAAAAGACUUGGUUCCAGCUUCCGAACGGCUGAGAGGACUCUCAUCGGAGGUUGUAGCUGGGUGGUGAGAGUGGUCAAAGCCGAGGGGUGGGUUUGGGCACCUUGAUUCUUCACCUCACAGUUUGGAAACAGGAGCUGCCAUGCCUUGCUAGCAAUGGAACACCCUCCGAGAGACUAGCUUUCUGUUUCUGAACGCAGGAAGUAUUCUUGAAGAUGAUUUAGGUCCUCAAGGAAGGGGGGAAACACCUUGGACUUCUUCAGGAGAACAUUACCUGAUGUGAAAGACUUGGAGGAGCAAAAACAAGAUUUUUGCUGACUGUAAAUCAACUUUGUUGCUUUCCCCCAUCCUCCACAUAUUGUUUAAGAGAAGCUCUAUAAGUAUUGGAACGAGGUGCUGGAUCUCUGUAGGGCCCUCCUGGGCUCGAGAGAAAAGUUCUCAUAGGCUUUUAUUUUUCAUUUGGAAGUUAAAACGUUUGUACAAUCUUUUUGGGAAUCCCUAUUUACCUUCGCUGAACAUCCUUCUUCCACACCCACCCCACCCCAAAAAAACUGGGAGUAAAAAGGGAGCAUCCGAUACACCAGGAAAGUGGAUUUUUAAACUUUGGCACACACGCACACUUGUUUUCGUCGUCGUAGAACACAAACAGGCUUGGGUCAUUUUGAUUCGCGAUGGAGGAUUCCCAGCAGUUGGGGAUGUUUGUCGAAAGCGAACUGAUCUCGGUGGGCAUGGAUACUUUCAUCCACCGCAUAGACUCUACGGAAGUGAUCUACCAGCCCCGCCGGAAAAGGGCAAAGCUCAUAGGGAAGUACCUGAUGGGGGACCUGCUUGGGGAAGGAUCCUACGGCAAGGUCAAGGAGAUGCUGGACUCCGAAACCCUCUGUAGGAGAGCAGUCAAGAUCCUGAAAAAGAAGAAGCUGCGGAGGAUCCCCAACGGGGAGGCCAAUGUUAAAAAGGAAAUCCAGCUCCUACGGCGGCUGCGGCACAAGAACGUCAUCCAGCUGGUUGACGUCUUGUACAACGAAGAGAAGCAGAAGAUGUAUAUGGUGAUGGAAUACUGCGUGUGUGGGAUGCAGGAGAUGUUGGACAGCGUCCCUGACAAAAAGUUUCCCGUCUUUCAAGCGCAUGGGUACUUCUGCCAGCUUAUCGACGGCUUAGAAUACCUGCACAGCCAAGGGAUUGUCCACAAGGAUAUCAAACCAGGAAACCUCCUGCUCACGACCAAUGGGACGCUGAAGAUUUCGGAUCUGGGCGUGGCAGAGGCGUUGCACCCAUUUGCAGAGGACGACAUGUGCCGAACGAGCCAGGGGUCGCCGGCUUUUCAGCCCCCGGAAAUCGCCAACGGCCUGGACACCUUCUCCGGGUUCAAAGUGGACAUCUGGUCGGCAGGCGUCACGCUAUACAACAUUACGACCGGCCUUUAUCCCUUCGAGGGCGAUAAUAUUUAUAAGUUAUUUGAAAACAUUGGGAAAGGGGAGUACACCAUUCCUGAGGAUUGCGGCCCCUUGCUUUCAGAUCUGCUUAGAGGAAUGCUUGAAUACGAACCAGCCAAGAGAUUUUCAAUACAACAGAUAAGACACCACAACUGGUUUCGGAAAAAACACGCGCAGGCCGACCCUCUGGUCCCCAUCCCGCCCAGCCCGGAGACAAAGGACCGGUGGCGGAGUAUGACGGUGGUGCCUUACCUGGAGGACCUGCAUGGCUACAACGAAGAGGAGGACGACGACGACUUGAAAGAUGACUACUUGGAGGACGAGAUCAUCUACACUCAGGACUUCACCGUGCCAGGACAGGUGCCUGACGAGGAAGCAAGGCAGAACGGACAGAGCCGCUGCAGCCGGGGGCUCCCCAAGCCGGUCUGCAUGAACGGAACUGAGCCGGCGCAGCUCGGCGGCAAGACGAAGGCCGAGCGGCGGGCCAGCGCCUCGUCCAACCCUUCACGCAAAGCCUCGUCUUCCACCAGCAGCAAGAUUCGGAAGCUCUCCACCUGCAAGCAGCAGUGACAAGCCGGGGCCUGAGCAUCGCCCACCGCAGCCAGAGCCCCGAAUUACUGUGCUUGGCGGCCGCUGUGUCCCCUCCUCGGCUCUCUGUGCAUCUCUGCCACCCACGCCGUACCCUUGCCCGUCCCCCUCCAAGGCCAGCAUCCCUGGUAGCCGACCCCCGUAGAUCCACGCUUGCGAUCCAAAAAGAGAGAGCCAAGAAACACGAAGAGAAAUGCCUUUUCGUAAAGAGAGAAAAAAAAAGACACGAUACUCUUACUUGGGGGGGGGGGGGAGAGAAGAAGACAUCCAUCCUGCUUUUUAGACUGGCUGUGCUUCACCUCCUGAAAUCCUGUCUGUUUGGCCGUCCGGAUUCCCACGACUUGUUGGGGGGUGGGUUGAAGUGGGGGGCUGUUCCUGGUGGGGGGGGCGUUGUGAGAUGGGGGGCAAGUUUCCUCCAGGACUUGGCACAACUUGCUCUCCCCCCCCCAGCCAUUCCUCCUUGUGUUAGAAUUUUUGAAAGCCAUCGACACGCACUUUAUGUAGUUGACUACUGUUCUAUAAUAUAUAUAUUAUAUAUUAUAUUUUUGUUUCCCCACCCCUUCUUUCUUUCUUUUUGGCCCCCUCCUCCCUCUCUUCCCCCCUCCCUCUUUUUUGAGGGGUGGGGAGGGCGGUUUAUAUUUUGCAGUUAUCUUUAGAGAACUUCCUUGCACAUUUGUGACCGUAUCUGAAAUAAAUAAAAAAAGGAAGAGCUGGGGAGAGGACGUCGCGGCCUGAAAAAAUUGAGUGGGGGGGGGGGAAGGUUCAGAAAGUGGGGAGGGGGCAUUAUAGGGGGGGAGAACCCGGUAUUUAAAACGACAACAAAAAUCACCACACUAUUAAAACGAAAAUAAAAUAAAAAUCUGCAUGCUGUUUAUAAGGGCUGGAGCAAAGGGAAGUGAGUGCUUUUUUUCCUUUCCUUUUCCUUUUCUUUUUUUUAAAAAGAAAAUAAAAGUCAAAAUGGA